UCAGUUUAACUGGAUUAUAGUAUUAGCUGAAGGGGAAUUGGAGAAAAAGGGGUUUUGCAGCAAAACUUAAAACGAAAUAUCAUUGUUUCAAUACUUAGAGUUAUUGUAAAAAUAAGUAUGUGGGCUGUAAUUGUAUUACUUUUCCUAGCAGAUAAGGCUUUUGCAGAUGGAAUUAAAGACGUGGAUUGUGAACAAAGAGCUUUUAGGGUUUGCAACCCUGAAAUGAGAAGAAUCGACUUUCCUGGAAGUGAAGAUGAUUUAAACGCCGCUUGCCCAAUUUUCAUUAGUCGUGCUGAAUGUCUCAAUAACUAUGAUGAAGUGUGUGCUACUAAAGAAGAAGAUUCCAGGGAGUUCAAGCCAGGGCAAUUCAAAAAGGUUCUGGAUUUACUGAAAGAUGUAUGCAACAACAACUCACUCUUGCACAAAGUUUUAUCAGAAAACAUGGGAUGCAUAAAAGAAAGCGUUGAAAAUGCUGGUGAUGUAUGUACCCCACAACGGUCCGUACUUCGUAAGACCUACAUAGCUCAGAGAGAUAUUGAUUAUGAGUCCGAAUCAUUUGACGAAAUGAUGAAAUUCCAGUGCUUACUUACCUAUAAUAUGCUGUCAUGCGUUACUGGAGAAAUAUCGCGAAGAUGUGGCGACGUGACGAAAUCGGCUGUUCAAGAAAUCACGUUUCGAUCCGACAUUUUGCAGUCAGAACGAUGUCCACCCGAACAUACCUCAGACAUGGUCGACCUAGUGAAUGACCUUGAACUCCCUGCUGAACAGAAACAACAGAUCCUGGGCUACAUUUCGAGUUUCAACGCUUGGGCUGCAGAAAGAGAAUGAAUGGUUUUUUCCCCCUUAUUCAUCUUUCUUGUAUGAAAAUAAAACUUGAGUAAUUGAACUAGUACAAUUCCGUUUUUUAAAAUUUGUUUCAGAAAAACUAUUUUUCUUGUGCAUCUAUGUUCUUUGUUAUUAAAUUCAUUUGAAAUCACCAAUAAAUGAAUAAAUAUCAUUACCAAAUA